AUGAUGGCAACGGAGCCCUCCAUUGAAAAGCUUGCCCAUGUGUCUGCUUCACCCGAGCCCCAGCCCGCCGACCGAGCCCACCAUGUCGCGCUUGAUCCCCCGACUGUAAACGGCAACCCCUCUGCCAGCAGUGACGAUAUCGCAAACAAACGCAUCACCAGCGUUGAGGAUCAAAUCAAUUCUGCCGACGUUAGCGUAAGCGGAGGAUCAGACACGGAAGCCUCUCGCACGGACUGGGCAAGGCAAAAGGAUGGCGACAAGAGCCACGGCCGGACAGGCUCCUCCGUCAAGAAGCCGGCCACAUUCAAGGCCGUCUCGGUGAACAAGACGUUCCUGGCCGCCAAGGCAAGCCCCGGCAGCACGGUCUCCAAGGCCAACGACAAGCCCACCACGGGCACCAGCACUCCGCCCCCUGGAUCGGCUACCCUUUCGGUGUCGCGUCCCCGGUUAGUUGCAAAGACGGGUAGCGGUGCGCGAGACUCUGCGCCACGAUCCUCGUCGGCCGUCAAUGGUGGGAAGCCAGCAACGGCCCCUGAUCCUAACGUUGUUUGGAACAAAAAUCGACCACCCGAACCCAAGAAGUUCACCGAUGAGGAGCUGAAGAAGUACGGGAUUCAUAUGGCUAGUCGCCUGAAUGAAGACGAUGCUCAAGGCCAAGGGAAGUGGGCGGACAUAGAUGACGACGACGACGACUGGGCCCCGGAAGCAAUCACUUGGGGCGACGGCACAAAGACCACGCUCCCACACCCUGACGAACAGGUGGCCGCCAUAUCGGAAAACGGUGACGAUGAAGGAUCUGUUACAUCCAAGGGCAAGAGUCAGGAGAAACCCAAGUCCCCGGCUCCUCCUGUCUCGACAGGCUCGCCGCUGCCAAGGCCUGGCAGCCUUGCUUCUGGCAAGGGGCUCAUCUUGAAAAGCGCCUCCCAGGACAAGCCGGCCUUGAGCAUCGCCGGUGUUGGCGGAGGCAGCCAACUCAGCCCGCGCUCCACCAAAAGAUCUACACAAAAACGCGGUCCUGCAGCCGAAAGAGAUCGCAGCCGAUGA